AUGGGUCUGACUACACGAGAAGAUAGAAAUACUUUUAAAACUGUCAGUGGCAGGAAAGAUUUUUCUGGCAGAUUAUCUGCUAGAAUGAGAAUCCACAAGAUUGAAAAAACAGUCGAGGUUUUUGUUGUUAAUGAUGAAAACUUUGGAUCUUUUGAGGAACAUAUGGAACAUUUAGAAAAAUUAUUGCAAGCUAUUUGCAAAGAAGGAUUCCGAUUAAAAUUUAUCAAAUGUAAUUUUGCGAAGAACGAAGUAAAAUAUCUCGGUCAUGUAAUAUCGAAAAAUACUGUGCGUCCAAUGAAAGAUAAUUUGAAGUCGAUUCAAGAAUUACCAAUACCAAAUUCCCGAAAGAAAAUUCGUCAAUUUCUUGGAAAAAUAAAUUUUUAUCAUAAAUAUAUCGCAGACUCUGCACGUCUUUUGGAACCACUACGAAACUUACUCAGAAAAGAUAUUCAAUUUUCAUGGUCAGAAGAUUGCCAAAGAGCAUUCACGAAAGCUAAGGACUUAUUGUGUUCACAACCGAUAUUAGCAAUCUUUGAUGUAAACGCACCAACUGUCAUUUAUACGGACGCCAGUAUAGAAGGUAUUGGAGCUGUGCUAAAACAAAAACAACCAGACGGGGAACUAAAACCAAUUGCCUUUUUCUCAAAAAAGUUAAAUAAAUACCAGAAGAAAAAGAAAGCUAUAUUUUUGGAAUGUCUAGCCAUAAAAGAAGCUAUUAAAUAUUGGCAGUAUUGGGUCAUUGGAAAUAAAUUUUUGGUUAUAACCGACCACAAACCACUUGAAAGUCAGAACAUUCGAUCGAGAACAGAUGAAGAAUUAGGAGACAUGAUGUAUUUCCUGUCUCAAUUUGAUUUCGAAAUUAAGUACGAACCUGGAAAAAGCAAUAUAGAAGCAGAUUGCCUUUCACGCAAUCCUGUUCUCUCUAACUUAAAGAAUUCAGAAGAACAUGUGAAAACAGUAAACUUAGUUGCUAUUGAACAGAUAAAACAAGAUCAAUUUACAAAUAAAAAUUUAGAGAAAAAUUCAAAAAAGAUCUUAGUCGAAAAUGGAAUAUUUUAUAAAUUAAAUGGAAAUAGAAAACGGAUAAUAAUUUCAGAAGAAUUUGGGAAACAACUAAUUUUGCAAAUUCAUAGAGAAUACGGACACAUUUACUCUUGUGAACCAAAUCCGAUUAAAAUUAAUGAAACAAAAUCUCGAGCUUGGUCAAAAAUAGCGACGGAAUGCACAGAUCAGUAUAAUUGGACAGAACAUUCAGUGACUGGAUUCAGCCCGGAAUAUUUAUUGUUUGGAAAAACCAAUCCCGUAAUCCCAAAGGAACUACUAGCAACUAGCAGAGACCUGAUUAAAGAUAAAGAAUCAGCAUAUAGAAAUUCCUUAAGAAACCAUGAAUACAACAAGUCAAGAUAUGAUAAAAACCGAAAAAACUUCAAUUUCAAUGUUAACGAUUUGGUUUAUGUCGAAAAUGGAUCCAAGCUGAAUAGAGGAAAACUAGACGAAAUUAGACUUGGGCCUUUUCCAAUAAUUUGCAAGAUUUCCAACACUAUUUUUGAAAUACACUCCGGACACAGGAAAAAGAAGUCAAACUAUUACAAUAUCUCUAAACUUCGUCCAUAUACCGGACCUGACGAUUUCCGCCGGAUCGUCACGAGCUGGGACGACCAGAGCCGCUAUAAUUCGAGGACGACUUUUGGUUCGAACCAAGCCAGCGUCGUGGUGAGACGGAUGUUGCAUGACAGCCAGACAGCAUUGCAAACGAUUUUAUGGAGAGAAAAGAAGAAUGAACCGAUAAAUUCGUUCGAAUUGAUGACGUUAACAUAUGACACAAAACCAACAUCAUUUAUAGCGGUGAAAUGUUUGCAUCAAUUGGCCGAUGACGAAGGAAAAGAUUUUGAUUUAGCACGAAAAGUAGUAAAGAAAGACUUUCAUAUGGAAGAUAUUUUGACUGGCGCAAAUUCAAUAGAAGAGCUUGUAGAAGUAAAAAGUCAAGAACAAGAUCAAGAAAAUGGUGCAGCCCUGAUUUGCUCAAAAUCUAGAGUCGUGCCAUUAAAGACUGUGUCACUACCAAGAUUAGAGUUGUUAGGAGCAGUAUUGUUAGUAAAAUUAAUGAACAAAGUGGUGGCUAGUCUGGGCGUGGAUGUGCACGAUAAACACUACUAG